ACCUGCAACUUAAGCGAUAAACCAACAAAAUCUAACUUGUAUUCCCUCAAUUACAGAAUAAUCAAUGGCUACCUCCAGUCACCCAGCAUCUGCAGUUCUACUUUUAUUCUUUCUUUCAAUCACUGCUUUCGGAGAUUCAGAAAAAUGCAGUCAGGUAAGUUGUGGGAAAGGCACAUGUGAAUCUAAACCAGACUACUUACCACAUGGUUUCAUAUGUGAAUGUGAUUCUGGCUGGAGAAGAACGCGCCUAACAGACAGCGAGGAACAAUAUCUACAAUUUCUUCCAUGUAUAAUUCCAAAUUGUUCUAUAAACUACUCCUGCAUGCCACCUGCUCCUCCGCUUCCAGCUAUCCCCAUAAACUCAUCUGACGUAUCUGUCUUUAAUCCUUGCAAUUGGGUCUACUGUGGCGAAGGGACAUGCAAAAACUCGUCAGACUACAUGCACAUGUGUGAAUGUCAACCAGGAGCCUACAAUCUCUUCAACGUAUCACACUUUCCAUGUUACAGCGACUGUGCUCUCGGAUCUGAUUGCUCCAAGCUAGGAAUAAAUGUUUCUAAAACAUCAGUUACAUUAGGUCCUACUUCAAGUAUCAGUCAGACUUCAAGCAGCGGAAACCAUGGGAUGCGGUCAUGGAAGCUCAACUGGAUAGUUAUCACAAUGAUGUUUCUGGCUGCAAUUUUGUGGUAAUGAUGUUUCUCAGCCACCAGAGCUCACCACCACAAUAUACGCUGAUUUCUAAUUCUUCUUUUAGAUUAUGAUACCUAUCAAAAAUCCCAUACUAAUACUUGGAUACAUAUUCGAGUAAAGUAGAAUAAUGUUUCUUACCUGUCUUCUAUGUAUAUUAGGA